AUGGAGCGCGCUGGGACGCGGGGACAGCGCGGUGGCCGGCGCCUGCAUGGGCUCCCGCUCGCAUUCCGGCUGGCGCUGCUGCUGGCUGGGUCGCCGUCGGGCCGCGCUGGGGCUCCCGAGACGCAGGAGCCCGCAGCGUCCGGCACCGUGGCCCCGGAGGGAGGCGACCGCUGCCGGGGCUACUACGACGUGAUGGGCCAGUGGGACCCGCCCUUCAACUGCAGUUCGGGUGUCUACAGCUUCUGCUGCGGCACGUGCGGCUACCGCUUCUGCUGCCACGACGGCCCGCGCCGCCUGGACCAGAGCCGCUGUUCUAACUACGACACGCCAGCCUGGGUGCAGACUGGCCGGCCGCCCGCCCGUGCCCGAGACACUGCCGCCCCGCGCGAUCCGGCCCGCGAGCGCAGCCACACUGCGGUCUACGCGGUGUGCGGUGUCGCCGCGCUACUUGUGCUAGUUGGCAUCGGGGCACGCCUGGGCCUGGAGAGAGCGCACAGCCCGCGCGCUCGGCGCACGGUGACCAGGACACUAACAGAGCUUCUCAAACAGCCAAGCUCCCAGGAACCACUGCCUCCACCUCUGGGCCCACCCCUGGGUAACUGUGUCCAGGUCCAAAUGGGUGAUGGUGUUCUUCGGGGUUCCCCUCACAACAGCACAGACAAGAAACGCCUCAAUAAUGCGCCUCUGGGAUCUGCCACCCCGGGACCCCCGCGCGGUCCCCGGCUGCAGGGUGGUAGCAGCCUGACGUUGCAGUCCGAUUACACCAAGUUCGCUACUCUCAAAGCAGCAGCCCUCAAGGCCACAGAGGCUGCACCCCAGGACUUCUAUCAACGUUUUCCCUCUACGGAGCCGGCCCCACGGACCCUCCCAGCCCGGACCCCGCGUAACCCGGAGGACUUGCCUGCGCUGCUCGAAGCCUGUCCCUGGGCCCCUCCAGGUUACGUACCUCCCACCGGCCCUGUCGCAUCGGUCCCCUAUGCGGCAUGGACCGCGGGCCGCCCCACGCGGCCGGUCCCCCGUGGUCACUUGGUGGCUCACGUCUCCCCUGCACCCCGGCGGCCCAGCCACGUGCCACGGCGUCAGUUCAGCGUGGAGAAGUUGCCCGAAGCCUUCAGCACGCAGCCUGCCACCUUUUACAGCAGCGCCGGCGCCGGCAGAGGGCCCCGGCACCUAAGCACCAACAGCAAAGCUGAAGUCACUGUCUGA